AUCUUCAAAUCUAUGCUGUAACACCAAUUCCAGAAAAUCAGGAGGUGCUGCAGAGAGAAGGCAUUCCAGAUAACAUCAAGAGUUUUUAUAAAGUAAAUCAUAUCUGGCGAUUCCGAUAUGAUAGGCCAUUCCACAAAGGAAUGAAAGAUAAAGAUAAUGAAUUCAAGAGUUUGUGGGUUGAAAGAACCACAUUGAUCUUAGUGCAGAGUUUGCCUGGCAUUUCUCGGUGGUUUGAAGUGGAAAAGCGUGAAGUAUUAAUAGCUAUAUCUUCAGAUAAUCACUAUGUGCACACUCCAUAUUCUGCUUCUCUUCAUGACUGCCAGGACAUGACUAGGAUGAUUGUUAACUUUGCUGUGGUGGAAAUGAGUCCUCUGGAGAAUGCUAUUGAAGUGCUGGAAAAUAAAAACCAGCAGCUGAGAACUCUGAUCAGUCAGUGCCAGAAUCGACAGAUGCAGAAUAUCAACCCACUCACAAUGUGUCUAAAUGGGGUCAUUGAUGCAGCAGUUAAUGGUGGAGUUUCCAGGUACCAAGAGGCCUUCUUUGUGAAGGAGUACAUCCUGAACCACCCAGAGGAUAGUGAGAAGAUCACCUGCCUGAGAGAACUGAUGCUUGAGCAGGCUCAAAUUCUGGAAUUUGGUUUAGCCGUACAUGAGAAGUUUGUACCUCAAGAUAUGAGACCUCUACAUAAAAAAUUAGUGGAUCAGUUCUUUGUGAUGAAAUCAAGUUUAGGAAUACAGGAAUUUGCUGCAUGUAUCCAGGCUAGUCCAGUUCACUAUCCAAAUGGAAGCCCCCGUGUCCCUAGAAAUUCAGUACCUGUUUCUAUGAGUCCAGAAGGUGCUAGAGUAAUUCCUAGACGUAGUCCAUUAAGCUAUCCAGCGGUCAACAGAUACUCAUCCUCAUCAUUGUCCUCACAAGCAUCUGCAGAGGUCAGCAAUAUCACUGGACAGUCUGAAAGUUCUGAUGAAGUUUUCAACAUGCAGCCAAGUCCAUCUACCUCAAGCCUGAGUUCCACUCAUUCUGCUUCACCUAAUGUGACCAGUUCUGCUCCAUCCAGUGCCAGAGGCUCACCUCUGUUGUCUGACAAGCUUAAACAUUCCAGAGAGAACUCUUGCCUCUCUCCAAGGGAGAGGCCAUGUAGUGCCAUUUACCCUAAUCCUUCUGAGCCUUCACAGAGGAUUAUGUUCAAUCACAUUGGAGAUGGCGCUCUGCCUCGAAGUGAUCCUAAUUUGUCUGGUCCUGAGAAGGCUGUAAACAGCACUCCCAGCAGCUGGAGCCUGGACAGUGGAAAAGAAGCCAGAAACAUGUCAGAGUGUGGAAAGUUAAUGUCUCCUCCCGUACCACCACGGCCCAUGCAAACUGCAUCACCAGCUCGACAUAUAACCUCAGUUUCCCCUUCUCCUGCUGGAAGAUCUCCAAUGAAGGGUACAGUGCAAUCAUUUACUCCGUCUCCAGUGGACUAUCACUCAUCAGGGCUCAUUUCCAACUCCCCAGUCUUGUCAGGAAGUUACAGCAGUGGCAUUUCCUCACUCAGUCGAUGUAGCACAUCAGAAACAUCUGGCUUUGAAACUCAAAUCAAUGAACACCCAAGCAUGCAGGAUAAUAAACAGUGCUAUCCUAAGCAGAUCUACUCAGGAUCCUACCCAAGUCUACUCAGUGGUCUUAUUCCUGAGAAAGUGUUGCUAGGAUUGCACUUAUCGAUCCCCUUUGAUACUUCCUUCAUCGACCCUGAAGUGGUCAGCAUCGGAAGAUCGUAUAUUCUCACCUAA